UUCACAAGGUCUCAUCAAUAUUUCCUCAAUUUAUAAAACCUAAUUAAAACCAAUUAAAAUGUUUGGUCCGUUGAAUUUUUCUGAACAAAAACGUGCAUCUUUAUCCGCCGCAGCCGCCCCCUGCCCAUUAUGCAGUGACACCUUCGAUUUAUCUCUCCAAAUCGAUUUAUUCAUGAAGCACCUGUUUGAGAAACAUGAUUUAGUCAUCGAAGACAUGCAAAAGAUCCCAAAACUUGUAAAUUAUUUAGAUUACUGGCAAGUAAAGUUCCAAAACACUGAACUUUCUUCAAUAGUUCCAUCAUUAGACAUAGAACUAAAUUUAGAAGCAAAUAACUCAACAAAAAAGAAGUAUUAUCUACUCAGCACACUCAUGAGGGAAGACAAAGAGCUCCGUCAACGUCUUCGCCUGGAAAACGCGUUGGAUCAACAAGAAUUCGAGCGCACUGAUGAAAAAUGCACACAGAAUUGUUUAUUCUGUCGAUUAGAGUAUAAAGGCAUCAGGAAAGACUUCCUGGAGCAUUUAUCCAGCCAACACAAUCUACAAUUAGGCAAUCCACAGAAUCUUGUCUUUGUUGAUGAGUUAAUUCAAGCGAUAAAAGCGAAAUUCGACGCGUUUUGUUGCAUUUACUGCGAGAAAACGUUCCCAGAUCGAGCUGUACUCAAAGAACACAUGCGCAAGAAGAUCCACAAGCGUAUAAACCCAAAUAAUAAAAACUAUGACAAGUUUUACAUUGUUAAUUACACGGGAAAUGACGAUGGUGAAGAAGUUGCGCUUGAACCAGGCGAACGUAACUCGGAUUCCGAGUAUUCUGAUUGGACGGAGAGUGAUACGUUGAUUAAUUGCUUGUUUUGUGAUGUUAGCGAGCCGGAUAUUAAUAAGAUUUGUAUGCAUAUGCAGUCGGCGCAUCGGUUUAACUUUCCGCAGCUCGCUGCGCAUUUGGAGUUCUAUCAGAGGGUGAAAUUGGUUAAUUUUUUGAGGAAACAGAUGCAUAUGAAGAAGUGUCCGAAUUGUGAUGAAGAAUUUAAGGAUAAGGAAACACUACGGGUGCAUAUGAAGGAGGCUGGGUGCUUUGUUUUGCCUGAAGUUGCCAAGUUUGAUCAACCAGAAUAUUACUUCCCAACAUAUGAAAACGACGUGUUUCUAACCUAUCUAGAAGACGUAGAAGACUAAAAUGAAUGUAAUUAAACCUAAACUAGUUAAUUAGAGCAUAUAAGCGCAUAGAACUAUCUAA